AUGAAAUCGCCGAGGGCGUUGACAAUCGGCCUUUUGGCUGUGAGCCAAUUGGUUCUGGCCGCCGAACACAAAGAGGUGGUCGAAGACUUCGAAUCUGAAGAGUCUACAACUACGAGAAAGACGCCGACCACAACAGAAACAAGAACAACGGAAGCGCCAGAAGAAGACCUCGACGAGAAGCUCCAGCGUCUGGAGGAACAGGCUCAGCAGCUCGUCAUCGACUACGUCAGAAGCGGCCGACAGUUCAACGGAGACGUCAGUUACAGAACUUUCAGCUCGGAAUACAAAUUCACCAGUUCUUCGGUUUUAUAGCUGCGACGUCGACUUGUGAUGUACGUCGUCGAUUUUUCGCCGGUGCAGAAGGCCGUCGAGAGAGGAACGGACCAGCGCCACAUACAGCAGGUCCAGCUCCGCAAAUGUUUCCAGUAACGUCUUUUUCAGAUCCGGCGCAUCCAACACAGAUUCCGCACCGGCAUGCGCAUAAACUACUCAUCUUUGAAAAAGGUCGGUUUUUUUUCUUUCUUAUCAAAAAAAAAAACGUAGGGCAUGAAGUUUCCAUUCUUUUCAUAGGUUAGGGAGUUGUUAGAGUUCCCUAUCUGUUUGUUCGAAUCUGAACUUCUCAUAUAGCUCAAAUUCAGCCGCCUCUAGUGAAAUUUAAAUAUUUAUUUUUUUGAUGUUUCUGUUCCAAAAAGCCUGGUCCAAAAAAAAAAAAAGUUAAAAUAAAACGAUAAUCAAUUUUGAUCCAAUAUUUACCCCAGUUUUUUUGAAGAAAUCCUUGGAAAAAAAUGUGUGUAUCAAAAUUUUUUUCAACUUCGUUAUUUGUUUUACUGGCCUCCACCACAAAAAAGUCCGAAUUUUUUCAAAUCUAUUCAAUAAAUUGAUAUAUUUACAUUAACGAGUAGUUGUAGUAGUGAGAUAACUUUUUUGAGACAGGAUUUAUGAGAAUUUCCGAAUUUCAAUUUCACUUAAAACACUGUGUAAAAUCAACCCGGAAUUUUGCGACCUUCUGAAGUACUUGAGGGUGACUUUGUUCUUGAACACAUUGCGUGUCAUAUUAUAAAUAUUUUCUAAACUUUCUCUGAUGCCGUGUUCAAAGUAAUUUCGCGAAAUGCAAAAUGAUCUCUGUCUUUCCAAAAUUUAGUUAUAUUUUCCUUUCUCUGACGUCUAUUUUGCAUUUCGCGAAAUUGCUUUGAACACGGCAUAAUAGAGCGAAAAAAGUUUACGUACACGCCUUUAGAGCUGUUACAAGCAAACAAAAAUUGAUCUUUUUCUUGAUUUCGAACGAUAUUUCUAAAGAUCUCAUGGAAGAAUGAUCUUGCGGUAAAAUUUUUCACUGACCUCUUAAUAUAAAUUCCAGAAAGUGGAUAAAUUAGUGGCUCAUUUGCUGGCGCCCAUCUUCGCUCCUUUCUGGCUGCUGCAGUCGGAUGAGACGCCGACGUCGACGUCCAGACCGACUACUCGAUUCGCGGCGCCUGUCGUCGAGGCGCCUCAAUCCAUGUCCGAUCCGCAGAGUUCCUUCGUCGCCCAGGAGUUCUUCCCGUCUUCGAUGCCUUCAUCGCCGUGGAUGCAGCCUUCAUGGUUCCAGGCACCCCAGGCUUUUUCGAAUCCUCUUCAGAAUUCGCCCUAUUUCCUGGACCAACAACAAACACCUUUUUUCCGUCCCUUCAGGAACCCAUUUGAAUUCACCCUCGUGCUUUAA